AAUGAAAAGAAUCAUCCACGUAUGCAACGCCGUGUAGUGUGGUCGCAAGUUAUCGAUUCCUUUUUAGAAGUCAACGGUACACACGAAAACAUAUUUAUGUAUACGAUAUAAUUUGUUAUUUAUUUUAUUAUCGAUAAAAGUUAUUAAAAAUCUCGGUGUGAAUCAAAAUCUAAUCAUCAUCAUCUAAUGACUUAUAUUGUGCGUCCAAGCCUCAAACUGCUUGCAAUUUGAAACUCUCUGGCGAUAUGGACAACAAAGUAAUUAAUCAAAAGGAAUAUUUGAAGAAAUACAUGUCUAUGGGCGAUAAAGAUGACAAAAAGAAAAAAAAGAAGAAGAAAUCCAAAACGGGAACAAAAACAGUAAAAAUUAUAGAUGAUGACAUAGACUUGAAGAACAUGCGGCCUAUUGAAGAAGGUGAAUUCGAUAUCCUUUUAAAUGGAGAAGACGCUCCUCAAAUUGCUGGUAUAAUUGACGAACGUGGACCAGUUAAUUUCACGGACAAAAGAAGAUGGAAAAUUAUAACUGAGAAUGAAGAAGGGGAUUUAACUAUUAUUAAUCGUACUAUCAAUAAGAACAAAAUACUUCAAAUGAAUGAAACAGAUGCCAAUCAGAAUAAGAAUGAUGAUUCCAAUUUGAAUCCAUCUAGAUCUAGGCAUUCUAACCAUGCAGAUAUAAGUCCACAUAGAAAAUCUGAAAAUAAAUUUAAAGAUAAUGACUCAGAUUUGAGUCCACCUAGAUCUAAGCAUUCUAGAAAUAAGCAUCUAGAUAUAAAUCCACAUACAAAAUUUAAACAUGGAGCUAAAGACAAUAAUUCAGACUUGAGUCCACCUAGGAAGUCUAAGAAUAACGAUUCUGACUUGAGUCCACCUAGACAAUCUAGGAAUAACGAUAAUGACUCGGAUUUGAGUCCACCUAGAUCUAGGCAUUCUAAGAAUAAGCAUGCAAAUUUAAAUUCAUAUAGAAAAUCUAAAGAUAAAUUUAAAGAUAAUGAUUCAGAUUUAAGUCCACCUAGAUCUAAACAUUCUAAAAAUAAGCAUGUGGAUUUAAAUCCACGUAGAAAAUUUAAAGGUGAAGCUAAAGAUAAUGAUUCAGAUUUGAGUCCACCUAGGCAGUCUAAGAAUAACUAUUCUGACUUGAGUCCACCUAGACAAUCUAGGAAUAACGACAAUGACUCGGAUUUGAGUCCACCUAGACAAUUUAGAAAUUACGACUCAGAUCUCGAUCUACCUAGAAAAAGUACGAAACAUUCGACUCACAGUAUAUCUGAACGAAGCUAUAGGAGUUCACGUAACAGAGGCAGUGAUUCAGAUUUUAGUCCAUCUAGAAAACGCAAGCACAAUUUAAAUACAGAUUUGUAUGAAAGCAGAAAAAAUAAAAAAAGCAGAGAUUCAAAUUCAGAUACAUCACGACGCAAAGAACACCGAUCUCGAAAAGAGGAUUCGCCAUAUUCUAGUUCACGUAGAAUCGACAGAGGACAGAAUUAUUAUGAUAAAAAUUCAUCCAGAUUUAGCAGACAAGAUAUAUCAAAGUCAAGCAGAGUUAAGCGGAAGGAAUAUGAAGAUCAAGAUCGCAAAUCUCGAUCGCACUCGGAUACAAGAGAGAAAAGAAAAAAAUCGCGAUGGGGCGAAGCAACGGACGAUCCUGAAAGCGGACAGGCGGAAAAUCUUUCGAAAGAUCGUGAGAACCGGAUGACAAAGACAUUAGAUGGAAAAGUAGCGGGAUUUCAAGCUGCGAAAGCAUUGCGAGAGGAAAUUGAGAGCCAUAAACAACGAGAUGCGGAGCUGUUUAGCAAGUUAACUAACGAGGUCAGCGGAAAAGGACAAGCUACAAUUGUGCGUGACAAACAAACGGGAAGAAAGCGCAAUCUUGAAGAAGAAACAGCGAAAAACCUCGAACAACAAAGAAAGCAACAAGAGAUGGAUGAGAAGUACGCCAAAUGGGGCAAAGGUCUGAAACAAAUGGAGGAUCGCGAGGAAAAAUUAAAGGACGACUUAUAUGAGAUGAAUAAACCUUUAGCAAGGUAUGCGGAUGAUGCGGAUUUAGAUAAACAAUUGAGGGAACAAGAGAGAGAAGGUGAUCCCAUGUUGGAGUACAUAAAACAAAAGCAGAUAAAAGAGGGAAAAAGAAAGCCAGAACCGCCACAAUAUCAAGGCUCGUACGCGCCAAAUCGAUUUCGUAUUAAACCUGGUUAUCGAUGGGACGGUGUCGAUAGAAGUAACGGAUACGAAAAGAAGUGGUUCGAGACACAAAAUGCAAAGGUAGCGCUGCAAGAAGAAGCCUACAAAUGGAGUACAUCAGAUAUGUGAUUACAUAUAGUUAUUAUAAUUAUAUAUAUUACUAUGACAGGAAUUUUCUAUUUCCAUUAAUUGUUAAUAAAGGAAGAAAUUUUUUA